GGGGAGAAGGGGACACGAAUAUACACACAAUUCUACGAAGGCCCGAAAUGGGGCUACGAUCUGACGGCCCAAGCGAUUUGGGAGGAACAAGCACGACAUCUAUUGAGCACAUUACUCAAGUAGAAGGAAUUUCCAUGGAAAGGUAAGCUAAGACUGACAAGGUAAGAAUGCAAAGGUAAUGUUGCAGUAAUUAAUUAAACGCUAUGCCCUGAAGACGUAUGGGCACUGGAUGCUAGUUGUUGCCUUCACUCCUCGGCCGCUUUGCGUGAGGAUAAACUGUCUCCGCUACCCAUUGUAUUGGGGGCUGCGUGGUUUUCAGAGCCGGUCUAGAUGUUAUGGAGAAGAGAAAACUUUCUUGCACCUACCAGGACGUGAACCCCAGUUCCUCGGUCGUCAAGCCUGCAGCUCAGUCGCUAUGCCAACUGAGCUAUCUGGCUUACCAUGAGGCAAAGUCCUAUAUCAACUUCUUGCAAACAAAUUAGGAAUUAAUCAAAAUACAUUCCGUAAAAUUGAGGCGGAAAAUGUUCAUCCAAAAAUGAAAAACUAAUUUUAUGGAGUGUUGUGUUUGGGUGUGAAAGUUGGACUGCAUUUGAAGGAAAGGACAGAAAUCGAAAUCGUUUGAAAACAAAGUACUGAGGAAAUCUGAGGGUGGAAAUAUGGGCUGAUGAUGACUCUUAUGAAUAUAUUAAUGAUUCUUCAGGCUCUCUGGCAGACAGGGUAUUUCUUGAUUAGCUGACAACUGCUGUCUUGUCUAGGUGGACUCAGCUGUGUGAAUUAGUGACUAUAUAUAAAGUAAUGUUUUGUUAGCUUAUUUAAAAUACAUAAAUCACUGAAUAUGUCAAUAUUCAUGCUCCUCAGACAAAGCUAUAACAGUUCUGUUACUAAAAAGGUGACUAUGGAUUGGAUGAUGGUGAUCAGUUGCUAGCAGAGGUGGGCGUCCAUAUUGCUGAUGUGAGUCACUUCAUUAGGCCUGGCACAGCAAUAGACAAAGAGGCCACACUCAGAGCAACAACUGUAUAUUUGGUGGACAAGAAGAUUGACAUGGUACCAGAGUUGCUGAGUUCAAAUCUGUGCUCUUUGCGUGGAAAUGAAGAGAGAUUUGCUUUCUCCUGUAUUUGGGAAUUGACCCAUGAAACUGAAAUUGUUAGUACACGUUUGUGAAAGAGCAUCAUUCAGUCACAACAGGCCUUGACAUAGGAGGAAGCCCAAAUGAAGAUAGAUGAUUUAACACAGAAUGACACUUUAUCAAAAUCGAUCAGAGGACUGAAUUCUCUUGCAAAUAUCUUAAAGAAGAGGAGAAUUGAAAAUGGAGCUUUGGUGUUGGCUUUGCCAGAAAUCCAUUUCCAAGUUGACAGUGAAAGCAGGAUCCAAUUUAAGUGGAAGCAAAGAAGUUGCAUGAAACCAAUUCAAUGGUAGAAGAAUUUAUGUUAUUGGCCAACAUAUAUGUGGCCAUUAAAAUACUGGAGGACUUCCCAGAGUGUGCCAUGCUACGGCGUCAUCCAAAGCUUCCAGUAUCAAAUUUUGAGCCUUUCAUUAAGGCAGGAAGGAAUUUGGGUUUUGAAAUCAAUAUCGAAUCAGGAAAGGCUCUUGCAAUUCCCUUGAUAAUGCUGUGAGACCAGACAGUGUAUACUUCAACACUAUGCUAUGUAUUUUAGCAACCCACUGCAUGAUGCAAGCUGUAUAUUUUGCAAGUGUAAUGGUGCAGAGGGACGAAUUUUUCCACUAUGGUCUUGCUGCUCCAGUCUACACGCACUUCACCUCACCUAUCAGAAGAUAUUAUUGUUCAUCAUUUGCUGGCUGUGAGUAUUGGCACAGAUGUCACAUAUCCUGAACUCCUGGACAAGAGGAAGUCUCAGGGUUUGUGUCACACCCUCAACUACAGGAAUCCCAUGGCACAGUAUCCAGGUCAGGCAUCUGUUGCUCUCCAUACACAUAAACAAACCCAGAAGUGUGGUGAUGUAAUUUUUCUGCCGUUUGAUCCAGUUACUGUACAGCUCAGUUUAGAUAGAAGUAACGUGCAACAUGAGAAAAUAGUCCUGAAAUUAGUUCACCCUCAGAUCCCAGGGUUUAGUGUUCCCUCACUGAGCUCAGUGAAGCGGAAGGAAAGUGACAAAAUCUACAAGAGGAAAUGGAAAUAUCAGAAGUAUCAGUGUCACCACCCAUUGAAAAGAAAUCCACAAAGAAGCAGAAAGUUAAGUGAUGUUGUGAGCUCUCAUGGAGACCUGUUGCAUGGAUGAGCUGGUAAUGUAUUUUUAUGAUAAUGAAAUUAGUGUGUGUUCAUUCAGACGGCUGUCUCUCAAGAGAAAAGCAUAUGUCACUGUUCUUUUUUAAUUUGUGCAUUCAGUAUUUCUGGAAACUCACCGUCAACAGCUUUGUUCCCCAUGUUGCAAAAAAUAAAGUUUGAUUAUUAAAAGUUUAAUUUUUUAAGUUACUACAGAAUGUGAUUUAUAUGAAACCUGAAUCACACUGAUUUAUAAUCAUCCUGUAUUAGAUUUCAGUUAGUGUGAUUUGUUGCUCAAAAUACACAUAUGAAUAUAUACAUCCCCCCCGCCUUCCCCCCUUCUCUGUGACAUGUGUUUUAUGUUUCAUGUGAAGAUAAUUCUGGGCACUCUGUGUCUGAUGUUAUAAGUUCACUUAAGCUCGUUACUUUGUGUAAUACAUGUUCGUACAAAUACACAUUUUGUCUUUUAUUUUCUGAUGUACAUUUAAUUCUGUGUGCAGUUUAGAUAAGGUUAUUAAGAACACAUUUUUGAGACAACUGUGGAUCUUACUACAAAUUCAAUUUUGUUGACAAGGUAUAAACUUUUUUCUUAUAUGGUUUAGUAGAUGUUUCAGUGAAUAUACAGGUGGAGAGAUUAACUGAGGGAAAAUGGAAAACAGAUCUGGGAAAUCAGAUAAGAGAAGGAGCACUUUUGGGAAAACAGAGAAGAAUAGAAAAGGAUUGCUGUAAGAUGACUCACCCUGGUGGAAACAUCGGUGGAUGGUAGUGGUAGUGAAGUGUCAGAUACCAUUCUUCUCACAUCACAGUUAUUUCUCCAGACUCCUUUAUUUCUUCUGAUAAUCUUUCCUGCAGUGGGAAUGUGUUGUAUGGAGAAGUACAGUGAAUUGAAAAGGAGAAUGAAAAAUAUGCAGACAAGGCAACACAACCAAAAUUAGAAAUCAAAAACGCAUUCCAUUAACCAAGAGAUGUUUACAUAGCUCAUAUAUUUAUUUUAACAACAGACAUACAAUUGUAAUAUAUAGAUUACAAUAAACAGAGAUUAAACUAAUGUACAGAUAGCAAGAAGUGUACCCUGAGUGCACAUUUUCUGUUGUGGAUCUCUUCACUGUAGUAGUGACAGUGUUGUAAAUAUUACACGUUUUCAACUUGGGCAAUGAAGAAAAACAUCUCCCUUCCUUUCAUUUUACUUCACGCAGCUGAACUACAAGAAGCCCCUGAUGGAAAGUACUUGAUUAAUACUUCAUUCAGGUAGCCACUUUAAUAUUGACUGUUCCAGCAGGCUAAAUGGAAGUUUGCAUGUGUAGCAAGUUUUAGUUCCAGCACCCAACCCAACAUCGCUGCGGAUCUGUUGCUGUUUUAGCAUAGCCUAGUUUCUGGAGGACUGCUUUGAUUUCUUUGUACACUGUGGGAUCCUCAAUUGUUCCUG